GGAUUUCCACGGUGGGUCCGUUAGGAAUUUAGAGGGAACAACCACCACCACCACUGCGUGCAUCAACCCGGAGGAAGAAAGAAGCCCAGAUGAAGUCGGAUAAUUAACUAACUAUAACUUAUCUGCUGGAGAUAAGUUGCUAUUAAAUUGGGAGUUUGAGGGUUGAGUUAAAGGUUGAGUUGAAGGCCGACUUAACUCGUUAAAAAACUUUAGUUGAAGGUCCAGUCUUUCGGUCAAGAUGCCGGUCUCGACCAGGUCUCAGGCUCGUUCCAACAAGGCGGAAUCGUCCAGCUCUUCUUCCGCUCCCCCCAGACAAAAGAGGACAGCUAAGAAACCACAAGUAAAAGGGGAAGAACCAACACAGGAAGAGGGUCGAAAUGUAAAACAAGAACCGUUCCUUGUCCCACCACCCCUACCACCAACUAGUAAUAAGGUAAUGACGUCGACAACGUCAAAGAAAAUUCUAAAGGAGAAGGAUCAACCCAAAGUUGUGGAUAACGUCGAAGAUGCAGAUUCAACGCCAAGCCGUGCUCCCCCCACAAAGAGGGCAAAAUCACUAAAGAUCCCAUCCACCUCGACGGCCGUGGUGCCGAAUAAUAAGAAAAAGGUCAAAACUACAGCGAAAAGUAGAGUGCCUUCGUCUGCAUUUGCGGGUAGACAGCCGCGACUCUUUGAUGAUUCUACAAGUGAAGAGGACAUCGAAAUGCCGCCCCCUCGACCACCACCACCAGUUAUUAAGAAGCCGCAACCAGAGAAGAAAAACGUAGUGGCAACGACGACUAAAGCGGCGGCGAUUACACAAACUUCAAAAACUUAUAGUUCUAGAGGUAGCGGGGGCACUGUUAGUCAAGAUAACACUAAAUUGAAAAUGACGUGCACAGUAUCUCUCAGUCCAUUGCGUCAGAAGCUAGUUCCUGCCAAAAAUCUUUCUCAAGCAGCACAGGAGCCUACCCCGACAGUAGAAAAGAAACAACUUCCACCACCACAACCUGAGAAGAAGCAACUCCGGUCAAGAAAGGGAAGGUUUCAAGAGGGAGAGGGAACUAAAAACGUGAUCAAAGUAGUUGAAGAACUUAAGAAAGUAGCCCCGGUUGUCAAAGUUGAUGAGACGACGACGACGUCGCAACCCGGCAGACAAUUAAGAACGAGGAAUGCGGACCACAAGGCUGUGACCGCGGCGGCGGCCACGACCACCAAACGUGCCUUCCUUCCCGGAGAGCUGGACAACGUUGACCCUGGAGCGUUGGCCUCGAACUGCAGAAUGGCGGCAGGUCACAUGAUCGAAGUCUUUCAGCAUUAUGAAAAAACUCAAAAGAUUUUUGCUAAAAGGGGAGAGGAGAUACGGAAAAAUUUUGAAACUUCACUCCGAGAACUUCGCUCAAGGAAGGCACAACAAGCUCAACAAAUCGAUGAUAAGCCGAAAGAAGUUGAAGUUGAAAAACCUGCAAAGACUAAGGUCAAAGAAGAAGAGCCUCCAAUAGCAAAUGAAGAUGAGGGUGAUGAUGCUGGAAGUGAAUCUAUGUUUGAGUCUGAAGAAAGUGAGGAAUCUGAAGACGAACAAGAAUCAGCAAUUUUUGAAAAAUCAGAACAAGAAUCAGAAUCAGAAUCAGAAGAAGAAUCAGAAUUAGAAGAGGCCGAAAAAUCUGAAUCUGUCGAUGAUGAGCCCACCCCAAAAAUUGAGGUUUCGCCUCCUGUAGAAAAUGUUGCAAAUACGUUACAAAAGCUUCAACUUACCGAGGACCUCAAGAUAAAAUCGCUCUCUCCAAACAAUAUUCCUUUGCGCCGCUCGUCUCGCAAGACCCAGCCUGUGCCUGAUUCAAAAACAAGUUAUGGCUCAUCCAAUGAGACCACAGCAGGAAAAUCUUCAUCCAUUCCCCUCACCAACCAGCAAACUUUCAUUGCUGCCAACCCUGCAGUAAAAAGGGCCCGAGCCCAAUCCAACCUCCUGGAUUCGGAAGAUGAGCUUAAUUUUCAGAAUGAAGAUGAUGAUGAUCAGCUCAACAAAUCAGUUGAUUUAUUCUCUGAUGCUACUGAGGAUCUUCUUCCCGCACCACCAAAAACCAAAACCUCUUCUUCUUCGGGGAGACAAUUUUCGAAUAAUAUCACAUUUGAUUUUGCGGCCAAGGCAGAGAGAGAAUCAAUUCCGGUUCAACCAUCUAAAAAGUUUAUUUACGAUCCCACGGAGAAAAAUGUGCUCGUGUCGGAAAUGCGGCGUUCGGCUCGGUUGGCUUCUCCGCUUCCCGUUUCUGCUCCUGCUGCGACUACUUCGACUGUUGAUCUGGAAGAACAAGACGAAGAAGACGUCUUUGUCGAUGUCUUUGAAAAGUCUAUCAUGCUUGACGAAGAGGACGAACCGAAAGUAGAAGUCGCCCCACCAAAACCGCCGACUCCAUCUCAUGUUGGAAAGCUUUACGCCCCAGACGAAACUAUCCUCACUCCUAUGAACGCCACCUUCGUCACAGACACUAUUGUCCCAGACAAAUCCAAAAAAUUCGUAACUUUAAACGAAACCGUAUCUUUAUCCUCUAUUGGACCUGAGCCAAGUUCAGGAAAAUUUACAAAUCUUAAUGUAACUGUUACCUUGCCUGAAUCAGGAUCACGAUUUGGAAAAUUUACAGCUCUAAAUGAAACGGUUUCUAUACCAGGCGGAUCUACGUUUGGAAACCAUGUCCCAAAAUUUCAAGAGUUUAAUAGCAGUCGACAUCAAGCGUCCACUCUCGACAUUCUUGAGGAAGAAGACGACACCGAGUUUGCUACGCCAUCGGCCUAUCCAAAAUCCCUUCUGCCAGAAUCUGUAGCAAAAAUUGAUAAAAAGAAGAAGGAAACUUCAACGUCGUCCUCGUCGUCCUCUUCCUCCUCCUCCUUCAAAUCAGCAGUGUCCUCUUUUCAACAGCCCAAAAAAGUCAUGCCAGCAAUUGUAACAGCCAAAAAAUUGGACAUUAUCAAGAAAAGGGAGGAAGACGCUCAGCGCAAUAGAGCGGAAAACCUAAAGAAAAAACAAGAAUUCCAGAAAAAGAAAAACGAGGAAUGGAAACAGAAAACGGACAAGAUUAAGCUCGAGCAGGAAAAGUUAUCUGCAGCUGCCGCCGUCAAAAAAAACAUUGUGCCAAAUCCGGCCUUCUCCGCCGUGGGAAAUGUUAAUAGUAAGCCUGUCAUAGGUAUGAGCAAACUUCCUCCAAAAGUUCCAAUCCAACAGCACGGACCACCCCCACCCACCUCAUCCAAUUACAACUUCAACUUUGGUAACGCCCCUCCCGGGAUGAACAACAGACUUUUGGAUAACAUUGGAGGAUUCAAGGCCAGCGGACCUAUGAAGUCUUAUAUAAAGCAGAAACCAGGACUGCAGCCUUCUACUAGCACUGGCAGAUCGAUGCCUAUCAUGGGACAUUAUCCUCCACCAAUGUCCACAUUUUCUAAUGUGCGUACUCCCAACAAAUCCGAUACUACACGAGGGUUGCCCGAUGACUUGUUCAAAACUCCUGGAAAUAUGAACGCAAGCAUUAGUUUUCUCGACUCAACGGUCGACUCUGGUCCAGGGAACUCGUACGAUAUUACGAUGUAUGAAGAUCUCGACGAGGAGUUGAAGCAUCGGGAAAAUAAAUCGGUCCCAGCUUGGGCGAAUGAUAAACUUGAAAUUCCUGUCCUCUUAUUCAAACAAUUGGACGCUAGCAAAAUAAAAGGGGUCGGAUUUCCCUUUCCCAAUGUCAAACCUGGCUACAGACUUUUCAACGUUCGCCGUUAAACUCAUGAAUUUAUCUUAGAAAAGAUUCUUUUUAAUGCCAAUAAUUUCACUAGUUAAAUUUUUUCGACGUCCUCCGAUUUUAAGAGUUGGUGUUGUAUUUAAUUAUGCGCUUAUUCCCAUACUUUAAAAAAAUACGCUUAAUUAUGCCAGCAGAAUUCGUUAAUUAGAAUAUUGAAGUACAUAAUUAAGAAAUGACAGGCUAGAUAUAUAAUUUAUACUUUUGUCGUACUUUAAUUUGUAAAGCGCUUUCCACUUUUUAGUGGUAUAACACUGACGGUGUACGAUAUAUGAUAAAAUACAUUUCUAAUUCAAAGAAUAAAUUAUCAUUAUUAUUACAAGUCA